GGAGGAGGGAGAUGGCGGGGAAGGGAGGGAAGGGGCUGCUCGCGGCGAAGACGACGGCGGCGAAGGCCGCCGCCGACAAGGACAAGGACCGCAAGAAGGCGCCCGUGUCCCGCUCCUCCCGCGCCGGGAUCCAGUUCCCGGUGGGGCGUAUCCACAGGCAGCUGAAGGGGAGGGUGUCGGCGAACGGCCGCGUCGGGGCCACGGCGGCGGUGUACACCGCGGCGAUCCUCGAGUACCUGACGGCCGAGGUGCUGGAGCUCGCCGGCAACGCCAGCAAGGACCUCAAGGUGAAGCGCAUCACCCCGCGCCACCUGCAGCUCGCCAUUCGCGGGGACGAGGAGCUCGACACCCUCAUCAAGGGCACCAUCGCCGGCGGCGGCGUCAUCCCGCACAUCCACAAGUCCCUCAUCAACAAGACCGCCAAGGAGUGAAGCAAUGGCUCCUCUCUGCAAGGGGAUUACUGAAAGAAAAAAAAUCCCCAGUUAUCUUUUUUACUAGUUGUGCUUAAAUCACUUAGGACUGCUUGUUGUGGUGAUUACCUUGAAUUUAGGUGCUCCUGUAUCUGUGUAAUGCCUUGGUAAACCUUUGGUAAUUGGUAGGGAAGAAGACUUUGACUUGCAGCAGCAGCAGCAGGUGUAGUUUGUGAUGUGAAACUGCUUAUAUUCUCUCUCUGUUGGUGGCUAGCUAA